CAAAUGCACCAUAAUCUUUAUCUACCAUAAUCAUUAUCUCACUCUGGAACUAGUCUCAAUCAAUCUUUACAUUAUGUAGAAGUAUUUUAAAUAGAAUUUUAAGUGAAUCACAUCAAAAUACUUUAGAUGGAUAACACAUUAUAAACUCCUGGUGCAUAUGUUGACAUGGGCUACCUGUGUGUUUACAGCUGAAGCGCAAAAUGAAAGGUUCUCGAGAGAAUGCGUCUUCAUCGCCCACCUGAUUGUCCUCGUAUUGGCAUCAUGAAGGUCGCAUCGUUCAACAUUCAGAAAUUUGGGAAAACAAAACUAUCGGAUCCGUUAGUGCGGAAAACCCUGAUUAAGAUAGUGUCACGCUAUGACAUCGUCGUGAUUCUGGAGGUGGUGGAUUCGAAGGGAGAUGCUGUAGAUGACUUUCUCAAAGAGCUGAAUAAGUCUAACAAGACGCAUCAUUACACCUUAGAGAUAAGCACACGCCUGGGACGAGGAAAUUACAAAGAACAGUUUAUGUUCCUUUACAGGGAUGACCUGGUAGAUUUGGUUGGUUCGUACCAAUACGAAGACAAUCAGCCUGGAGACGAGGACGCUUUUGCCAGAGAACCAUAUGUCCUGCGAUUCACAUGUCACAAAACAGUGCUAAAGGAUUUGGUGCUGAUUCCCGUUCACACAAAGCCUGAGGAUUCAGUAAAGGAACUGGAUGAACUGUACGAUGUGUUUCAAAAUGUCAAGGAGAAAUGGAAGACGGAUAACAUCAUGAUUCUGGGCGACUUCAAUGCAGAUGGAAGUUACGUGUCUAAUAAAAACAUGAAAAAGAUCAGAAUCCGGAGCGACAAGAACUUUCAUUGGCUGAUCACUGAUGACGUGGACACCACAGCCAACACUUCUAAUGACAACACUUACGACCGAAUUGUUGUUUAUGGAGACGAUAUGUUGGACGCUGUGGUUCCGGGUUCUGCAAUGCCAUUUAACUUCCAGAAGGCUUACAAGUUAACGGAUGAGAAUGCACUGAAAGUGAGUGAUCACUACCCAGUAGAGGUGGAACUGAAAGAGGAAGCCCCACGGCCAAAACGCAAGCGUACAUGAUAAACUACGAACUUUGGACAAAUAGACUGAACUCUCUUCGAGAUGUGACUGUGGAGAUCCAGAUUUACAGCUGGAACAGUUUGAAGAACAUCUCAGUGAUUGCUUACAAGAGACCACUUUAAACUUGAAUAAACAUUUUUCACAAUGAAAGACACCAAUAUCAACAUUUACAGACAUUACAAACUUUAUUAUUCUUGAACUUUAUCUAUACAACAGUAAUAAACAAAAAAAAAAAAAGAUUUGCCACUGUAAACCCAAAUGAUGUUUGACAAGAAGGUGUUCCCAGACAUGGCAAGCAAAAUAUACAAUAAAAACACUUAUUUCA